AUGGGGACCACUGCCUCGAAGAAAUCAAAGGGGAAUUCGUCAAAAGUUAAGCCUCCUUCUGCUGCUGCUGCACCUCUGCGGAGUAAGGUUUUUGCGGCGAAGGCGCAUGCGGCUGUUUCCAUUUCCUCUUUUGAAAAACGUGUUCGCCGUUUUUACAUGCACCACAAACCGGAGAAACUUGAAACGGUGCCAAAUAUUAUUAACACGUGGAAGGGAUCUGAGGAAAUGCUGAUGCAGGCGCUGGUGGAGCGCUACGGGCCAGAGCCUACGGACGCCGCGAAUGCUCCGAUGCCGCCGCUCGAGCAGGCCUCCGCGGAAAAUGCAAAUGUGUGGGCGCCGCGUUUUGCGCGGCAUCUUCUGGCGUAUCGACCAGAAAAGUUGUUACGCCUCAGUAACAUGCUGGAUCGCGUGGAGGGCACUGACGCGGCGGCGCUGAUGGCACUUAUCGAGAAGUUGGGGCCUGAGCCGGAGGGACCGCUCCCCCAGUUUACGCCUGACAUCGUGCUUGUCAGUCCCAAUGAGGAGCUUCCCGAGGCAGUGCAGGAGGCGGCAGACCCACAGUCAGCCGUGGAGGCAGAGGCUGAGCUGCCUGUCGGGGAGACGGAGGUCAAUGUGGCGCCGACACACUCCUUCAAGCGCCGGUUGAGCAGCUUUCUUGGUGUACGGGCGCCUGAGAAGCUGCAUACACUGGGGGAGUACCUCUGUCAGUAUGCCGAGGACGAGGAGGGCCUGUUUGAGUUGCUGCGGGAGAAGCACGGCAGGGAUCCAACGGAGGGGGAAACGCAGGCAUAUUUUGUGCAGCGUCUUGAGGGGUUGUACGCGUGGCACGCACCAAGCAGGGUCGCCUUUGCGGCGAGCGAGAUUGCGGCACAGCACGGCACAGAGGAGGAAUACUUGCAGUCUGUGGCCAGAGAGCUCGGCACCGACCCCAUGAUGAUUCAACCUCAAACCGAGACGCAUGCGCAUCUUUUCGAGCAUGCUGACGUGGAGAAGGAUGAAGCCCCGCUGCACGGAGCAGACGGCGGUGAGCGGCAGAGCACACAUGUCCAGGAUGUGGACGUGAAAGCGGAGGUGCCGCAAGACGUUAAAAUUUUCCACCGCGAGGACCAUGGCGACGGCACGGCUGGUGCGCCACCUGAGAGCGCCGCUCUCCCCACCGUCAACGCGCCGGUCAGUAACGCUGAGCCACCUGCCGCUACCGCUCCAGCGCAGUUGGGGACGAUGUUAGGGGUGGAGGCCGACAUCAUGCAUGUGACUGGAACGUUUUGUCGCAUCGUGGAGGGGCAGCAGCAGCAGUUGACGGAACUUCAGGCGGGUAUUGACCGUAUCCGCAGCCUUAUGGAGGGGGAGUUUCAAGCGUUCUCACAGAAGGGCGUUUUGUUUUCUCCGGUGGCUGUGAGGGGGCUGACGGAACACGCCUCCAUGACUUCCCCCGACCCCUCACCAAGGAGCCCGUACAAGGCUUGCCGCCUCAACGAUACCAGCUGCGGUAUUAGCAAAAGCAUCUCGUUUGAUCGCCAUCUGCACCGUCAUGAGUCUGUUGAUAUGCUUCUCCCACCACCCCCAAUGUCUCGUCCAUUUCGUGCUGCCUCUUCAGGCGUUCGACAGCCCGCAGUAAGGGCCCCAUCGCUGUUUGCGUUUCGGUACCCGUCAUCCCCGCAACAGGUGCGGACACUCUCAGAAAUGCUGCUGGAGUAUGAGCGGGAACGUGAGAGCAUCCGUUUUGCAGAGAAACGGCUGCAAUCCUGCGGUGCGAUUCUGUAG